AUGACAACUGAUUCAAUCUGUAUGUCAACAUCUGUAAAAUCUUAUCCAUUUUCAAUGGCAGAUAAAUCAGCAUUAAAUAAAGAAGAAAUACUUAUUAAAAAUGAUAACCUAACAGGGCAAGAAAAAUGGCAUAAUGUUCGUCUUUGGUUUUAUAAUCCAAGAUAUCGUCAAGUCUGUGGAAGAGAUGGUUUAGAAUGGACAACAAUUGCUUUUUCCUAUUUUCUGUUAUUCAUGUCUAUGGCUAGUAUAUUUGCAUUAUUUUCCGGUAUUUUUAUGGCUAUUGUUGAUAAAAGUAUACCAUCAUAUAGAGGAAAUUCAAGUGUUUUCGCUUGGGAUACAUCACGACCAAAUCCUGGUCUUGGUUUUCGUCCUCAAAUAAGUAUUGAAAAAACUUUAAUAAAAUAUCGUUCAUCACAUCGUAAUUCAUGGGGAGAUCAUAAAGGUUGGGGUGUUUAUAAAGAACAAUUAGAUCAAUAUUUAGCUUAUUAUACUGAAGUUGAUAUUCGAUAUCAACAAGCGAUUGAUUGUAAUGGACUUUCAAUUGAAAAACUUCGUCAACAAUUUUAUCAAGGAAAAUCAUGUCUUUUUGAUAUAAAUGUGUUUAACAAGAAUCAAUCACCAUGUACUACACAGAGAAAUUUUGAAUAUGAUCGCGGUCGUCCAUGUAUUCUCUUAAAACUUAAUAAAAUUUAUGAUUGGGAACCAAUUACAUAUCAAAAUGCUGCUCAAGUGCCAGAACAAAUUAAAGCUUUAUGGACAAAUGAAUUUUCUAAUUAUAUAUUAGUUCAAUGUAAUGGAGAAAAUGAUGUUGAUCGAGAUUUUAUCUAUGAAAUCGAAUAUUUUUCUCAAAUGAAAACAACAACAAUAGGUGGAUUUCAUCGAAAUUUCUUUUCAUAUGUUAAUCAAGAUGGUUAUCGAAGUCCAUUAGUUUUUGUUUAUUUUAAAAGAAUUGAAACAAAUGUUUUAAUUAAUAUUGAAUGUCGCGCUUAUGCACAAAACAUUGAUCAUAAUGAUAGUCUAGAAUAUAAAACUGGAAGUGUUCAUUUUGAAUUGAUUGUUGAAUGA